GCGAUCUCAGGUUUAUUGGCACCGUCUCUGUCACUACUCGGGUUCGUCUGUCCGUGUCAAUUGCGAGUCGCAUCUCUCUGCUCUUGCGCUUCGUGCCCCUCUCGCCGUUCCCCCCGCGACGAUCCUCUUCCCGGCAGGUUCUGCCUCGACAUCACCCCGCCUUUUUACCACCACCACCACCACCACCACCACCCUCACCCUCACCCUCACCUCGAUCCUUCUCACGCAGUGAUCUUGUCUCUUCCACAAGACACCUCCACAGCCUCUUUGCUUUCCAACCCAACCCGUCGCCAUUCUCACCACCAGUAACCCGACUCCGACAGAAGGAAUCAUGGCCGUCCGCGCACAGUUCGAGAACUCCAACGAAGUGGGUGUCUUUGCCCGCCUCACCAAUUCAUACGCCAUCGUUGCCAUCGGUGCCUCCGAGAACUUCUACAGUGUCUUCGAGGCCGAACUGCAAGAUGUCAUCCCUAUCUGCCACGCCACUAUUGCUGGAACCCGCAUUGUCGGUCGUCUCACAGCUGGUAACCGCAAAGGCCUCCUCGUCCCCACCACCACGACAGACCAAGAACUUCAGCAUCUCCGGAAUACGCUGCCUGACUCGGUCAAGAUCCAACGUAUAGAGGAGCGACUGUCCGCCCUGGGCAAUGUGAUUUGCUGCAAUGACCACGUCGCGCUGAUCCACCCGGAUCUCGAGCGGGAAACUGAAGAGAUCAUCGCCGAUGUCCUCGGCGUCGAAGUCUUCCGUCAAACCGUCGCCGACAACGUUCUGACGGGUUCCUACAUGGCCCUCUCCAACCAAGGUGGUAUCGUCCACCCCAAGACCUCCAUCCGCGACCAGGACGAACUCUCUUCCCUCCUCCAGGUGCCCCUCGUUGCUGGCAGUGUGAACCGCGGUAGCCCCGUUGUCGGAGCCGGUAUGGUUGUGAACGACUGGCUCGCUGUCACGGGUCUGGAUACCACGGCCACAGAGUUGAGUGUCAUGGAGAGUGUGUUCCGCCUGGGUGAGAUGGGUCCCCGUGGUGUUGGUGUCGGUGGUACCAACAAGGAGAGUAUUGUGGAGAGUUUCUACUAGAGAGUUUCUCUUCCCCAUAUCCCUCUCUUUCCCUCUGACCUUUUCUCCACCUUUUCUUUUUCUUUUUCUUUUGUGCUUUCUCUCGAACAUACAUGAAUAUCCUUAUUGUGCUAUGAAUGAAUGGAAUGGUUAGACUUGGGUGUGAAGAUCGAUUUGGAGUUCGAUUCUAUUCGUAUUGUGCCAUGAGUGAAUGAGUGUACCCCAGCUGGUUUAGACGCCUGUCUAUCCAGUAUCUUCAGACAGGUAUGUAUGAUACGGUACAUACGUAGUAGGAAUCCGUACGACACACAAAACCAGCUAGAUGCAUCCCGUGUUACAUG